AUGGAACAGAUAAAACAUAAAAGACAAAAUGAUUUUACUGAUAAUAACAAAAAAAAGAAAUUAAUAUUUAAUUUACACAGAGAUUCAUUCACCCAUCUUGAAGAUCUUUCUAACGAACUUUUUUAUGAAAUUUUUGAUUAUCUGGAUAUUUAUGAUGUCUAUGAAGCUUUUUCAAAAGUUAAUACUCGAUUUGAAAAUCUUUUGAAUGAUUCAGUUCUUUCUAUUCGAAUCAGUUUAUCAUUUAUAUCGAAAUCAAGAUUUGAACAUUAUAACACAAAUAUUAUCAUUCCUUUUCAAUAUCGAAUAACAUUACUUCAUCUAUCAAAUCCAUUGAUUAUCGAACGUCUCUUUUCACCAAUUUCUAUUGUAUUAAAAUUUAUUCGACUUGAAAAUCUUCAACUUCGUAAUAUUGAAUCAAAAUAUUUUGAAGAACUUCUUAUUCUUUUAAUUUCGUUACCUUUUCUUUAUUCAUUAAUUGUUAGUUGUACAGAUAAUGUGCAAAAUAAAAAUGUUUUCUAUCAUCAGUUAUUUCGUUUACCCGUCCUAAAAUAUUGCAAAUUAUCAUUGACAGGAAAUUCUCAAUCUAAUCCAUUAUCUAUGGCAACUACAGAAUUUAGUCCUAUUGAAUAUUUUAUUAUUAAUCAACUAUAUGUCGAUGAACUUGAUGCGUUUUUAUCAUAUAUUCCUCAAAUUCGUCGUUUAUCUAUUCGAAAUUUAUAUAAAUCUCCUAAAAAAUCAAUAAGAGAAUUCUGUCCAAUUGUAUUAAAUCAUUUGACACAGGUUUCUUUGAAUAUGAUAGAUGUUACUUUUGAUGAAUUUCAAUUCAUAAUCAAAAACUUAUUUAAUCGAAUUGAAAUAUUAUACAUUUCAACAAAGGAUGAUCGAGCAUAUAUUGAUGCCAAUCAAUGGCAAGAAUUAAUUCAAUUUCAUUUACCAAAUCUACGAAUCUUUGAUAUUCAGCAUAAAUAUUCUUUUAACAAAACCAAUUAUUUACUUUAUGAUGGUCUACCUGAUAAAUUCAAUUCUUUAUUUUGGUUCGAACGAAAAUGGUUUUUUGAACAUCGUAUCUAUCAUAGUCAGAAUGAUGAUCAGGCUAUUUUCUUUUCAACGAAUCCAUAUAGACGAAAGCAACACAUAUUAUGUGAAGAAUCAAACAAAAACAUAAAUCGAAAUGAUGAAAAAACUCAUAUACACUCAGUUAAUCAUCUUCUAAUUCAAACUAAAAAAGCAGUGAUUAAUUGCCAAAAUUAUUUUCCAAAUGUAACUGAAAUUACUUUAUUCCACAACUUUAUUCAUCAAAGUAAAAAUUCUUUAUCAAACCAAUUCAAGAAAAUCUUUCCAUUGAAACAAUUGACUAAAUUAGUUAUUCAUUCAAAUCUUUCUUGUUUUUCAAAAAUGAUCGAAUUAUUACGUUAUAUACCUUAUAUUCAUACAUUAAACAUUGAACUAUUGUCAUUUGAUGAUCCACAAAGAUCAUAUCAUCUUACAAAUUCAUAUGUACUUCAACAAAAUGAAACUUUUAGGUUGGUUUCGAGAACAAAUAAUAUUCAAAAUCUAACUAUUAUAUCAUCCUAUGAAAUGGAAUUAGUACGAUUUUUUGUAAAUUUAUGUCCACGAUUGAAACAUCUUACAGUCAAUAGAUUUGGAUGGUGGCGUCUUGAACCGUUUUUACAAUUUUUAUUAUCAAAAACUAAUAAGAAUACUCGUCAUUUAGUUUCAUUAUGCAUUGAAGGUGCAUCUGACAACGAUAUCGACGUAAUAAGAAGUUUUAUCAAAGCACAGAAGGACGUAAAUAUUGAUUUGACCAAAGAAAGAAAUUUGUCGGCUGAUGAUAGAUAUGUACAGUACAGCAUAUAUUUAUGGUGGUGA